AUGCCCUCCAGGACCAGCGGCGCCAAGAAGUCGCGCCCGGCUCAUACCGAGGAGCUGGAAGUCGUCUCUCUUGCAUCGCAGUCAGAGGCUAGCAGCGACGAUGAAGGCUCUAGCGAAGGCGACGAUGCCUCUGAUUCGGAUGCCUUGGACAGCGAUGCCCCUCGAAAGAAGCGCAAGGUGAGCGUUGAGAUCGAGGUGGAGCCAGAGGACGAUGAGCCAUACGAGACCUCUGUGAUCUCCUCGAUACAGGCUCCGUCGCGCAUUGGAAAGAAACGUGCCCCGGCUGCUCCAGAAGCUUCGCAGCCAGUGAAACCCAUGGCUAUGAAUAUACCAACAGCAACAUCUGUGCCAGUAGACCCAAAAGUCACUUUCGAAUCCUUGAGCCUGCGGCCAUGGCUGGUUCAGUCGCUUUCCAAUAUGGCCAUCAAGCGGCCUACGGGCAUUCAGAAAGCAUGUAUUCCUGAAAUCUUAGCAGGAAGGGAUUGCAUCGGAGGAAGUCGUACUGGUUCAGGAAAGACAGUCGCGUUUGCCGCCCCUAUCUUGCAGAAAUUGGCCGAGGAUCCAAGUGCCAUCUUUGCAGUGAUCUUGACAGCAACCAGCAGAGAGCUUGCCCUCCAAAUCAUGGAGCAAGUCAAGGCCAUUUCGUCUGCACAGACCGUAAAGGCCAUCUUAGUCACAGGUGGUGCUGAUAUGAGAGCACAGGCAAUCGCAAUCGCUCAGCGCCCGCACGUCAUUGUUGCGACGCCGGGGCGCCUCGCAGAUCAUAUCCGUAGCUCUGGCGAAGACACAUGGUGUGGCCUUCGAAGAGUCAAGUUCUUGGUGCUCGAUGAAGCCGAUAGAUUAUUGUCAGAGGGUCCGGGCUCGAUGCUGCCUGAUAUCGAACAAUGUUUACGUGUGCUGCCUCCCGCUUCAGAGAGGCAGACUCUGCUCUUCACCGCAACCAUGACUCCCGAAGUGCGGGCCUUGGAGAACCUUCCCCGGAAACCAGGCAAACCGGCGCCUUUCCUAUGUGAAGUUGACACGCAAGUGCUUGCUAUUCCUGCCACAUUGAACCAAAUGUACCUUCAGGUGCCCGUCACGCACAAGGAGCAUUACCUUCAUGAACUGCUCCUCACUGACGCGAACGCGGAAAAGUCCAUUAUUCUGUUUUGCAAUCGGACGAGCACUGCAGAAUACCUGCAUCAUUUGCUACGACUCUUGGACCAUAGGGUGACAUCACUUCACUCCAAGCUGCCACAGCGCCAGAGGAUAGACAACCUGGGGAGAUUCAGGGCUUCAGCAGCGCGUAUCCUGGUGGCUACAGAUGUGGCCGCUAGAGGUCUCGACAUCCCAGAGGUCUCGUUGGUUAUCAAUUACGAUCUGCCCAGAGAGCCAGAUGACUACAUCCACAGAGUUGGUCGUACCGCUCGUGCCGGACGCAAGGGUGACGCGGUGAGCUUUGUUGGCCAACGUGACGUUGACCUUGUCCAUGCUAUUGAGACCAGAGUUGGUCGCGAUCUGGUGGCCUGGGAGGAGGAGGGUGUCAACCUAGAGACCAGAGUAGUCAGAGAUGCGCUCAAGCUCGUCAGCGAGAAGAAGAGGGAGGCACUUCUGGAAAUCGAGGAGAACAAGGAGGUUGGCGGAAAGAGGAAAAGGGGUAUGCAGAAACUCCGUGCAGAGUGA